CCAUUAUUGCCUAAAAAACAAAGCACUUGUGUUCUUAAAAGGAAGAGGGCAUCCAAAUAUCAAUGAAAUUGACACUUUUUGAUAGCUCAGUACAAUGAAACUCAGAAUAGCCAGCAACAUAAUAUGAUAGCAAUUGCUGGCUUUGGCAUUUCCUCAGGAUUGGAUUUCUGGGUUGUUCUUGUUUUCUUCCAAAUUGGCUCUAUUUUCCCAGGAAUAAUUUUGCUCACUACACAUUCUCAUGGCUGGAGGUCAGAGAACAAAACGACUCAGCAAGUCUUGCCUUCUGUUGAUAGUGAUAGCUGGUAUAGAGAGGUUUGCCUUCAAAGGGGUGGCAUCAAAUUUGGUAACUUAUCUCACAGAUGUAGUGAAGAUGAGCAAUUCUAAUUCAGCCAAGACUGUUAACAACUGGAUUGGAUUCACAUCCAUGUUGCCUCUAUUAGUUGCAUCAGUUGCCGACUCUUGUUGGGACAAGUAUCCAACAAUCUUAGCCUCUUCUUUCAUCUAUGUUGUGGGACUUGUGGCACUGACAUCAACAGCAUUGAGUUGGGCAUGGUAUCCUUCCAACAACCUAAGCUCUUCAUUCUUGUUUUCGUCUCUAUGCUUGAUCUCACUAGGCCUAGGUGGAUACAACCCAUCUUUACAAGCCUUUGGAGCGGAUCAACUCGAAACUGAUGAGGAACUGCCAUCGUCGAAAGAUGACAGAACAUCGGAUAAAAAGAGUCGGUUCUUUCAAUGGUGGUAUUUUGGUGUUUGUGGUGGCAGCCUUAUGGGUGUCACAGUCAUGUCUUAUAUACAGGACACCUUUGGCUGGGUUCUGGGAUUUGCUAUCCCAACAAUUGCAAUGGUUUCUUCAAUUGGAUUAUUCUGGUGUGGAAGCAGAAUGUAUGUAUAUAAACAUGAUGAUGAUGAUGAUAAUAUCGAUAAACGGCCUUUUGGAAAUGUAGUUCAAGUGAUUAAAGAAACAGCAUCAAAAUUCAUCAGUUGCAGAAUCAAAUUAUCAAGCAGCAGCAGCUCUGAAGUUGUUGAGCUAGAGCUGCAGGAGAAACCUCUUUGUCCUGAGAAUCUAGGCAAGGUCAAGGACUUGAAUGACAACCCCAGAAGUAGCAUUUAUCCUCUUGGAAAUGCAAAGGUUGUACUAAGGCUACUGCCUAUUUGGACAAUGCUCCUGAUGUUUGCUGUCAUUUUUCAACAACCUGCAACAUUCUUUACCAAGCAAGGAGUGACAAUGAAGAGGAACAUUGGCAGUGAUUUCAAGAUACCUCCAGCAACAUUGCAGAGUGCUAUUACAGUGUCUAUAAUCCUUCUGAUGCCACUGUACGAUACAAUCCUUAUCCCGAUUACACGAAUCAUAACUCGUGACGAGAAGGGUAUCAAUGUAAUGCAAAGAAUGGGUAUUGGAAUGGUUCUAUCUAUAAUAGCUAUGGUGAUUGCUGCACUUGUUGAAACAAAAAGGCUUGAGAUGAGCAAAAAAUUGCCACAUUCUGAAACUGUUCCACUGAGCAUAUUUUGGCUGCUGCCUCAGUACAUUCUGCUGGGAAUUUCAGACAUCUUUACAGUUGUUGGGAUGCAAGAGUUUUUCUACAGUGAAGUUCCUGCAAGAAUGAAGACUAUGGGGAUUGCACUGUAUACUAGUGUAUUUGGAGUGGGAAGUUUCUUAAGUGCACUGUUGAUUUCUCUGGUGGAAAUUUACACUAGUUCAAGAGGGAGGCAGAGCUGGUUCUCUGAUAACAUGAGAGAAGCACAUCUGGACAAAUAUUAUUGGCUCUUGGCUUUGUUGAGUACAUUGAGCAUGCUGCUUUAUGCCAUUUUAUGCAAAUUUUACAGUAGGAGUGAAUUGAAUAAUGAGAACUGUAAAUGAUUAGUCUUUUUUUUUUUUUUUAAAUUAUUUUUUUAUGCAGUUUUUGUCUAGAGAAUGUCUUCACUAGCCAGUUUAUAUAAUAAACCAAUGUGUUUUUUUUCC